AUGCAACCUUCGCUGCCGCACCCGACCCAAGUGCGGUCAGCGUGUGAGCGGUGCCGUAAACAAAAGCUCCGAUGCACCCGGCCGGCAGCCCUGUCUGCCAAAUGCACCCGGUGCCAGAACCUCGGGUUGGACUGCCAGCUCGGUCCCCAGCGCAAGGUCGGGCGCCCGUCGAAGAAGGACUCGGCAGGGAAAACCAAAUCCAUCAUCGAUGAGGCCGGAAAAGGCUCGCCUGGCUUGCAGCACAAUGUGGCCACUCCGCCAUCGCCGAGCGUGGCCAUCGACCCCCAGAUUCUCGACCAGCAAGCCAACCAGACCGCCCCUACCCCUAUUGAUAUGGAGUCAAUGGACUGGAUGCUUCCGGAGGUGUCAGAUUUCCUUCUCGAGCCCGUUGAAGAAGUAGUAGUCCCUUCGCUGCCGCUGGGCGAGUCUCCCUCCAUCUUCCAACCCCAGACGCCUAUGGACAUACAAACGGCCGUCAUUCAUCUCACCAAAAAAGACCACUUCGCCUCUCUCUCUAGGAUCAACAUGGAGCUCCACGGGCUGUGGGAGACCAUGAGAACCCAGCCUGCUAGUGGCACGCUCGAGGGCUUUCUCUGCGACUGCAACUUGGUCGACGGCAACGCCCUGAAGCCUUAUCAAUCGCUCAUGAAAGUUCUGCAGGAUUACCUUGUUACGAUAAAAGCCCUGCAUAAGAUUUUGGGAACGAAACAGGACUUGGUGAAGUCGAGGCCACCUGUGUGGAUGCCCCGUGCAUGCCUCAUUUUAUCUUCUAAUAAUAAUCCUAUGGGCGAGUCCCCCCCAUGCAGCUCGAGUAGCUCAACCGGUGAUAGCAGUACUUCCGGUAGUCCGCAGCAGACCCAGAAAUUCCCCGAAGCCGAUCGAGUGAUUCUUGACUCCCCAACGGCGUUGUUGGUCAUCUCCUGCUUCUCUCAGAUUGUCCAACACCUCGAGAUUUUCUAUUCCAUUUCCCAGUCUCGUCUCCUCGACCCUACCGCGCCUCUCGUCCCUCCUGCUGCCAACGCUAGUUUCGCUGGAAUCCCCAUUGUUGAGUUUCUCCCACAAGGUGCACUCUUCUCAGAGGUGCUUCGCAACAACCUGGCCCAAAUUAUCAUCAUCCUUGGGUUACCCACCGAACCCUGGUGGUCGGGAAAGACCGUGUGGACAGGGCUCUUGGCAGAGCAAAGGUUUCGCGAUCUGCUAAACCAUGAGCUGGGAUCGGUCGAGAACGGGUGGACGACGAGGCCUUCGUCCGUCAUCAUGGUGAUGGACAAGACUAAGAAGCUCCUCAUCGAUGCAAUGAUGUCUGGAUGCAUGGACGUCUAA